AUGAUACAAGUGGAGGUCUUGGCCCGAUUUCACUCUGACCACCAUCCAAUCCAAGUAAACUUCUCUAAGUCUGGGGAGAAGAUUUGGAGAAAGAGGAAAAAUUUCCAUUAUGAAGCUGGAUGGGCAAAAAUAAAGGAGCAUGGGAGACUGAUUAAGCAAGUUUGGAGGCCAAAAAUGGAGUGUGAUUGCCCGUGGAAGACUGUCCAAUCUAAUCUGUAUGGGUGUAGGAAAACACUAAAGAAAUGGGUCCAAAAACAGAAAAGCUCCGUGGAACAAGUUAUCCAGGAAAAGGAAAGAGAGUUACAGAGUAUCCAAAUGGCUGAGCCCCGGAACCAAGUGGAAGCCGAAUCCAAAGUUCAGGAAGAUUUACACAGUCUUCUUGAACAAGAGGAUUUAAAGUGGAGGCAAAGGGCUAAGGUAAAUUGGUUGCAGUUUGGAGAUCGUAAUACAAAAUUUUUCCAUGCAUGUGCCACUCAGAGGAAGCAACGGGCUACUAUUCAGAAAAUUCAAAAUAUGGAGGGAUUGGAGUGUACAACUCAGGAACAAAUUGAGUCAGCAUUUGUAUCCUAUUAUUCGGAUCUUUUCAGGGCAGGAAGAGAAGAAGAAGAUAUGGAAGACUGUCUGAAUGCCCUUGAGAGGAGAGUUACUGAGGAGAUGAAUAAAAAACUAUUGGAAGAGUUGUCUGUGGAGGAUAUUUCUGCAGCGAUGCACGACAUGCCAGCCAUGAAGGCCCCAGGUCCGGAUGGCUUCUCAGCCUGUUUCUACCAAUCCAACUGGGCCAUAAUUCACAAUGAGGUAUGCUCUGCUGUAAAUCAUUUUUUCCAAACGGGUGUUCUGGACAGAGGAAUAAAUAAAACUCAUAUUGCACUUAUUCCUAAGGUGCAUAGCCCAGUGCAUGUCUCUGAAUUUAGACCAAUAAGUUUAUGUAAUGUCAUUUACAAAUUGGUCUCAAAGGUUUUGGCCAAUCGUCUUAAAGCAGUCUUGCCCCAUAUUAUAUCUUCUGCACAGAGUGCUUUUAUACCUGGCAGGUUAAUUUCUGAUAAUGUAAUUGUGGCUUUUGAAACAAUGCACACAAUGCAGCAAAGAAUGUGGAGCCGGGUGGGGUAUAUGGGGGUAAAGCUUGAUAUGAGUAAAGCUUAUGAUAGGGUUGAAUGGAGAUAUCUAAGAGCUGCGAUGCUAAGAUUGGGAUUUGAUGUACGUUGGGUUGAUUUAGUGAUGAAGUGUGUAACCUCUGUCCGGUAUGCAGUUUUGGUAAAUGGAAGCCCGGUUGGGAAUAUUCAGCCGUCAAGAGGACUCAGACAAGGGGACCCAAUCUCCCCAUAUUUAUUUCUUAUAUGUGCAGAAGGUCUUAGCGCAUUACUUGGGAGAGCUGAGCAGAGAGGACAUAUUUCAGGGGUUCCAACCUCUCCGAAGGGUCCGAGAAUUAGUCAUCUGUUUUUUGCUGAUGACAGCAUUCUGUUUUGUAAAUCUAAUGCUGUUGAAUGGAGGAGGUUGAUGAGAAUUCUGGGCAGAUAUGAACAAGCCUCAGGUCAGAAACUAAAUGUGCAGAAAACCUCAGUGUUUUUUAGUCGUAAUACAAGUUGGGAAAGAAGGCAGGAGAUCUUACAAUUAUCAGGGCUAACAGAAACACUCCGCAUUGACGCAUAUCUUGGCCUUCCUACUUUUGUGGGUAAAUCAAGGGCACAAGCUUUCCAAUACAUAAAGGAGCAGGUGAAUAAUAAAUUGUCAAAUUGGAAAGUGCAGUUCCUAUCACAGGCAGGGAAGGAGGUGUUAGUUAAAGCCGUGGUUCAGGCUAUUCCCACUUACUGCAUGAGUGUCUUCCAGUUACCUGUUUCUUUAUGUAAGGAGCUCAAUGCAUUGAUGCAAAAUUUUUGGUGGAAUCAUAUGUCGAAGUCUUCUAAAAUCCACUGGAUGAGCUGGGAAAGAAUGAGUAAAUCAAAGGUGGCAGGAGGACUUGGGUUUAGGGAUUUGGUCCUUUUCAACAAGGCCAUGUUAGCAAAGCAAGGAUGGAGAAUUCUACAAAAUCCGGAUUCACUUAUUUCCCGGAUCUUACAGGCCAAAUACCAUCCUUCCUCCACUUUUAUGGAAGCUAAAAUUGGGCCCCGCGCAUCUUUUGUAUGGAGGAGCAUCUGCAAUGCCAGGGAAUUAUUGGAACAGGGUUUGUUGUGGAGGGUGGGCGAUGGUAGAUCAAUAAGCAUAUGGAAGUCUCGGUGGCUGCCAACUCCAACUCUCCACACUGUCCAAUCCUUUCCUAGACUUCUUGAUUCGAAUGCUCUAGUGGGGGAGAUUAUUGAUCAAGAUCGUGGUGUGUGGAAAGAAGAUCUCAUUAGGGAAGUGUUUAUGAAGGAGGAGGCAGAGGUCAUAUUGAAUAUUCCUCUAAGCCCUAAUCUUCCCCAGGACAGACUGAUAUGGAAGGACACAAAAGAUGGCAAAUUCACAGUUAGGAGUGCAUAUCACUUGGGAUACAGUUUGCAUGACAUGGAUAGAGGACAAAGUUCUUCAGGGAGAAGUGACCAAGGGAUGUGGAAGCUUCUAUGGAGCCUCAGAGUCCCAAAUCAGGUGAAAGUGUUUAUAUGGCGGGCUAUCCACGAUAUAUUGCCAACUCGGGUAAACCUGGUGCGCCGAAAAGUGAUUGAGGAUGAAUUGUGCCCAAUGUGUAAAACGGAGAGGGAAACUGUGAUCCAUGUUCUGUGGACUUGUCCGGCGGCGCAGGAUGUCUGGGGAGGAUCACUGUCAAAUUUUCAGAAGUGUGGGACUAACUAUAGCUCCUUCCUAACUCUGUUUGAAGAAUUUCAGGUGCGUUUCAAAAAAGAAACUAUGGAAUUGAUGGUGAUAAUGGCUAGAAGGUUGUGGUUGAGAAGAAACUCCUUUAUUUUUGAAGGAGUUUUUUCUUCCCCAUCUGACAUACUUGCAGGAGCAAAAGUGACUCUGGAGGAAUUUAUGCGGUGCUCAAAUCCAGAUCAGCCUACAUCUGAGUCACAUACUGAGCAUCCGGUGGGGUUUCAACAAGCUUGGAAGCCCCCUCCUCAUGAUCAUAUAAAAGUCAAUUGGGAUGCAGCCAUCAGUAAACAAAAUAACUCUAUUGGGCUUGGUAUGGUUGCAAGAGAUAGUAAGGGGGAUUUUAUGGGGGCACGUUGCAUGGUAUUUCUUCAGAGAACGGAAGCAUGUAUGGCUGAAGUUUUGGCAGCAAUCUGGGCAGUCAAGUUUUGCAAAGAGGUUGGCUUCUUUGAGGUGAUAUUGGAAGGAGAUGCAGCACAGGUAGUGAAUGACAUAAUUUCCCCUCUUCCUCAUCUAGCUAAAACUGGUCAUAUCACAGAAAGCAUAGUACAAGAGCUUCAAGGUUUUAGAUCUGCCAAAUUUGUUCACGUGAAAAGAGAGUGUAAUAAUGUAGCUCAUACUUUGGCUAGAUUGGCAGUGGAGCAAAAUCUUUCGGAUGUCUGGCUAGAGGAACCUCCGAACUGUAUUGCAGAUCUUAUUGUUAGGGAACAUCUUUCAGACGAGACGAAGAAAAACGUACAUCAAAGACAACAACUGCUACAGACGAAGGGAAAUCGAAUGAAGAGGAAGGGAAAUCAGUUGAAGACGAAGAGACGCGCCCUCGCCACCCUUGGCCAGAACCUUGACGUCAACGUCGUCGUCAUCCUCUCAGGCGUCGGCGCCCACUUCUGCUCCUGUAUCGAUCUCACAACUUUGGGCUCGAUCUCCAACAAGUCACUCUCUAGAAGCGACCGAGGCCGCGCCAAAGAGAAACUCCGGCAGGAGAUCAAGUUCCUACAGGACGCGGUCACCUCGAUUGAGCGGCGCCGGAAGCCAGUGAUCUCCGCUGUCGUCAAGUACGGUCACGCUAUGGAGCUGGCUUUGACGGGUCGGAGGUUCUCAGGUUCCGAGGCCAAAGACUUGGGAUUUGGUGGUUCUGUGGUUGUUCAACAGUGUUGGGGUUUUGAUUUCCUGGAUAUCGAAGGUGGAGGGGUUGUUGAUUUUGAUUGUUGGAAAUUUCCGAUGGAUUUGCUCUUCUUUGGCCGUUCACUCACCAACACAGCUAAGCGUUCGCCGGAGUUUCGAGCCGAAUGUAUGGCUAAAGGUAUGAGGAAGCUGGAGGUGGAGAGGUGCACCUUGGUAGGGCAUAGCUAUGGAGGGACGAUUGGGUUCAAAAUGGCUGAGAUGUACCUGGACUUGGCUGAGUCUUUGGUGGUGACAUGCUCUGUAACAGCUUUAACCGAGUCUCUCUCUAGUUCAGCCCUUGAGAGACUUUCGGUGUUUCCCUUUCACGCCCGCGGCACGCCUCACAGGCUCACAACUGACAGCUUCGCCUUCACUGCUUCAGUGCUUCACACCAGUAACCAGUUCACAGCUUCACAGGACGUUUGGUCCUUCGCUCGCGGGCCUCGGCUUCACAGUUCACAACUUCACGUGGCAUCGCGACCUUCACUUCACAGCUUAGCCGUGCGUCGUCCCCCGUCGACUCCACACUCCGUCCCCUCUCUUUAA